AUGACUCCCAAAGGCUCCCCAAGAGACCUAGUAUCCGAAAAAGGGCCAUACCUCCACGAGAUCCCAAUUGACGAGGACCACGACGGAAAGACCACUCAUUCCUCGGGAGCCUCUGUCCUCAGCUUUAAUAUGGAUCGAAAUCGAAAAGACAAAAGAGGCUUGACCUUCCGUGAAGCUCCUGUUCCUAGGCCCCCAACUCUCAGCAGAACAAAAACAAUUCAAAUACCACAGUCGAGACCAAAACCGAACCACGCAUAUUUAUAUCAUCUUUUUGACCCUGUCAUUGAGGGCUUGUUAUGGGACUACAUGCGUGAAGUUUUGAUCGUAGUCAUGAUGCUCGUAGUUCUCAUGUGGGCAGCACUGCCUCUAUAUUGGGGCUCAUUGGCACCUGGCCUCUCCCACGCCCCUAACUUCAAAGCCUGGGUCGUUGACUUUGAUGGGGGUCCGUUGGGGGCUUUGGUCACAGAAAGCGUGAUUAAUUCAACCAAGGUCGGAAAUAGGCAUCUUGACUGGGAGGUGAAGCCAGCUAGUCAGUUCAGUUCAAUGCAAAAUCUCGCUCAGCAGGUUCUAGAAGAAAAGGCUUGGGCUGCAAUCACUAUCAAUCCGGGUGCAUCUUCUACACUUUAUAUCGCUCGAGCAUAUGGCGACUACACUUAUGAUCAAACAACGGCAGUUACCUUAUAUAUUGAGCAGGCCAGAAACGAGAAUGCGGUUGGGCAGCUGAUCACACCGAUCGCCACUGAAUUGUUGGACAAGACGCUGCGAGAGUUUAACGCGAGGGAUAUUGCAGCAUACAUUCGUGCCAUAAGGGCUCAUCCUGAUGCAGUCGAAACCUCUCUUGAAUCCCCCUCGGCACUAGCUGGCGCGUGGUGGAAGACCAUUAAUUUGAGGCCAUGGAAUGCGGCCGUAGCAUCGCCCAUGACAAUAAUAGGGCAAAUCUAUUUGACACUUUUCGCGUUCAUGCUUACUGUAAUGUCCCAUCGGGCGCGUCAACGACUCGAAGCCCAAUUGACCUACAAGUCCUUGGUAAUGCUUCGCAUUGGGCUUCCAUUACUGGCGUAUAUCCCAAUCAGCACAUCGUAUGCUAUGCUCGGACUUUUCUUCCGUGCACCUUUUGAUGCCAAGUUUCACUCGGGGGCCGGAUUCUUUGUUUAUGUAGCAUAUGCUUAUAUGGAUAUAUGCGCACUUGGUCUGGCAUGCGAAGCUGCCAUGUCCAUCUUGCGGCCGGACCACAUGACCUUAUUUCUAGUUUCUUGGCUCGUCGUUAACAUCAGCACACCCAUCGAGCCACCUGAGAUGCAAGCACGAUGGUAUAGAUACGCCUAUGGAAUGCCGUUCUACAACCAUGCUUCGGCGGUCCGGACAAUUUUAUUCGAUACAAAAAACCUACUGGGUCGAAAUGCUGGUGUUUUGUUUGGUUGGAUCGGACUUUCUGUGGUCACCAUAUCUUUGCUGGUAUGGAUCAAACGAAAGCUUACAGCAAAGGCAGACCAACUUCGAGGACUGGCUUACGAUGUUGACAGACCACAAGAAGUGAUUUGGUCUGCUGAGUAUGUUUGA